AUGGCCUUCCUGAUCUCAUCUCUGAUUGGCUUCUCGCAGUUGAUCGGGAGAUCCACUUUUACUGGAUCAAUGUCUGGGGAUUCGGGGGUGCUGGCCUGUUCAGGAGUCCUCAAAAUGUUGGCCCAUCUGUUCAUCUGCUGUAGUGAUCUACGUGCUGAUUUUAAAAGCUUCUCAGAGAACGUCUCAGAGUUAAUGAACUGUCCACACACAUCCAAUAUCUUUCAAAAAGAGCUGUACAGAGAAAAAUUGCAUGCCUGUUGUAAUGCGACAGGUCUUUUGUUCCUGACAAAGCAAAACACAGACGUGGAAAAAUAUAUUCCUUACGAGUCCAGUGCAUACCCGAGCUACAAAAUGAAUACCUUAAUUUAUAACAUGUUACCUGAGGAUUUUCCCUGGAGUGGACAUCGUCUCAGUAACUGUGCUGUGGUUGGGAGUGGAGGGAUUCUGAAGAAUAGUAGCUGUGGAAGAGAGAUCGACACUGCAGACUUUGUUAUCAGGUUUAACAUGGCUCCCAUCUACGAGAGGGAUGUUGGUCGAAAGACUAAUCUGAUGACUAUCAAUCCCACCCAGAUCAAACUUGCCAAAUUUGAGGAAAAGCGUCAUGGUCCAUUACUCAAGCGUUUGAAAGUCUAUGGUAAUGCAAGUCUCCUCAUGCCUGCCUUUGCAAGCCCACAGAACACUCGACUGUCAAUCGGCACCCUCAAGAAACUUUGGCCUCUACAUCCUCAGCUUCAGGUGGUCUUCUUUAGCUCCAGCUACCUCAUGGACUUGGAUAGCUUCUGGAGGGAGCAUGGCAUGAAAGCAAAGCGCCUCUCCACGGGUUUUAUGUUAAUUAAUGUGGCACUAGAGCUGUGUGAUCAUGUGCAUGUUUAUGGAUUCUGGCCAUUUGACAUCAAUCUGCAGGAGCAGAAACUUUCACAUCACUAUUUUGACAAUGCAAGACCUGUAAACGUACACAAAAUGCCAGAUGAAUUUCUGAACUUGCUGAAGCUGCACAGUCAGGGGGUGUUAACACUGCACCUACAGCCCUGCUGGUAA